CGCGGGGCGGCGGCGGCGGCGGCGGCGGCGGCGGCCGGGCGGGCGGGCCCCAUGGCGCGGGGGGACGCCGGCCGCGGCGGCGGGCUCGUGGCGCUGACCCUGUGCCUGCUGGCGGCGCGCGGGGAGCUGCCGUGGCCCCAGGAGACCACCGUGGAGCUGAGCUGUGGUGCAGGGCCACUGCAAGUGAUCCUGGGUCCAGGGCAAGCUGCAGUGCUGGGCUGUAGUCUGGGGUCUGCUGGACCCCCCACCAGCAUCACGUGGAGCAAGGACGGAGGCGCCCUGCCGGAGCUCGACCACCUGCGCUUGCUACCCAAUGGCUCCCUGUGGCUGUCCCAGCCACGAGCACCGGACGACAGUGAUGAGGGAGCCCCUGGGGCCGUCGCAGUCAUUGAGGGCAGCUAUUCCUGCCUGGCCCAUGGCCCCCUUGGAGUAGUGGCCAGCCAGGCUGCGGUGGUCAAGCUUGCCACACUCGCAGGCUUCUCUCUACACCCGGAGUCUCAGGUGGUGGAAGAGAAUGGGACUGCUCGGUUCGAGUGCCACAUCGAAGGGCUGCCAGCGCCCGUCAUUACUUGGGAGAAGGACCAGGUACCAGUGGCUGAGGAGCCUCGGCUCAUCACUCUUCCCAACGGGGUCCUCCAGAUCCUGGACAUUCAGGAAAGUGAUGCAGGCUCCUACCGCUGCGUGGCCACCAGCUCAGUCCGCCAGCGCUUCAGCCACGAGGCCGUGCUCAGCGUGGCCCGAAGAGGGUCCCUGGCAUCCACCAGGGGGCAGGACGUGGUCAUUGUGGCAGCCCCUGAGAACACCACUGUGGUUUCGGGCCAGAGUGUAGUGAUGGAAUGUGUGGCCUCCGCUGACCCCAUCCCUUUUGUGUCCUGGGUCCGACAGGAUGGGAAACCCAUCUCCACGGAUGUCAUCGUCCUGGGCCGCACCAACCUACUCAUCAGCAGCGCGCAGCCCCGGCACUCGGGCGUCUACGUGUGCCGCGCUAACAAGCCCCGCACGCGCGACUUCGCCACUGCGGCCGCCGAGCUCCGCGUGCUGGCCGCCCCGGCCAUCUCGCAGGCCCCGGAGCCGCUGUCGCGGACGCGGGCGAGCACCGCGCGCUUCGUGUGCCGGGCGGCGGGGGAGCCGCGGCCCGCGCUGCGCUGGCUGCACGACGGGGCGCCGCUGCGGCCCAACGGGCGCGUCAAGGUGCAGGGCGGCGGCGGCAGCCUGGUCAUCACGCAGAUCGGCCUGCAGGACGCCGGCUACUACCAGUGCGUGGCCGAGAACAGCGCGGGCACCGCGUGCGCCGCCGCGCCCCUGGCCGUCGUGGUGCGCGAGGGGCUGCCCAGCGCCCCCACGCGGGUCACGGCCACGCCGCUGAGCAGCUCCGCCGUGCUGGUGGCCUGGGAGCGCCCCGAGCUGCACAGCGAGCAGAUCAUCGGCUUCUCCCUCCACUACCAGAAGGCACGGGGCAUGGACAAUGUGGAAUACCAGUUUGCAGUGAACAAUGACACCACAGAGCUGCAGGUUCGGGACCUGGAACCCAACACCGAUUAUGAGUUCUACGUGGUGGCCUACUCCCAGCUGGGGGCCAGCCGCACCUCCACCCCAGCGCUGGUCCACACACUGGAUGAUGUCCCCAGUGCAGCGCCCCAGCUCUCCCUGUCCAGCCCCAACCCCUUGGACAUCAGGGUGGCGUGGCUGCCCCUGCCUCCCAGCCUGAGCAAUGGGCAGGUGGUGAAGUACAAGAUAGAGUACGGUUUGGGAAAGGAAGAUCAGGUUUUCUCCACCGAGGUGCCUGGAAAUGAGACACAGUUUACACUGAGUGCACUUCAGCCCAACAAGGUGUAUCGAGUCCGGAUUUCGGCUGGCACCGGGGCUGGCUACGGGACCCCUUCCCAGUGGAUGCAGCACCGGACGCCCAGUAUGCACAACCAGAGCCACGUCCCUUUUGCCCCUGCAGAGUUGAAGGUCCGGGCAAGGAUGGAGUCCCUGGUGGUGUCGUGGCAGCCGCCCCCCCACCCCGCCCAGAUCUCUGGCUACAAACUCUACUGGCGGGAGGUGGGGGCCGAGGAGGAGGCUGGUGGUGAGAGUCCCCCAGGGGGCCACGGAGACCAGGCCUGGGAUGUGGGGCCUGUCCGGCUCAAGAAGAAAGUGAAGCAGUAUGAGCUGACCCAGCUAGCCCCUGGCCGGCUGUACGAGGUGAAGCUUGUGGCAUUCAACAAACACGAGGACGGCUAUGCGGCAGUGUGGAAGGGCAAAACAGAAAAGGCUCCCACGCCAGACUUGCCCAUCCAGAGGGGACCACCCUUGCCCCCCGCCCACGUCCAUGCUGAAUCAAACAGCUCCACGUCCAUUUGGCUUCGGUGGAAAAAGCCAGACUUCACCACAGUCAAGAUUGUCAACUACACUGUGCGUUUCAGCCCCUGGGGGCUCAGGAAUGCCUCUUUGGUCACCUAUUACACCAGCUCUGGAGAAGACAUCCUCAUUGGUGGGCUGAAGCCAUUCACCAAAUACGAGUUUGCGGUACAGUCUCACGGUGUGGACAUGGACGGGCCCUUCGGUUCCGUGGUGGAACGCUCCACCCUGCCUGACCGGCCCUCGACACCCCCAUCCGACCUGCGCCUGAGCCCUCUGACACCGUCCACCGUUCGGCUGCACUGGUGCCCCCCUACAGAGCCCAAUGGAGAGAUCGUGGAGUAUCUGAUCCUAUACAGCAACAACCACAGCCAGCCUGAGCACCAGUGGACCCUACUCACCACGGAGGGAAACAUCUUCAGUGCUGAGGUACACGGCCUUGAGAGUGACACCAGGUACUUCUUCAAGAUGGGGGCACGCACAGAGGUGGGGCCUGGGCCCUUCUCUGGCCUGCAGGAUGUGAUCACUCUCCAGGAGAAGCUCUCAGACUCCUUGGACGUGCACUCGGUCACAGGCAUCAUUGUGGGUGUCUGCUUGGGCCUCCUCUGCCUCCUGGCCUGUAUGUGUGCCGGCCUACGCCGCAGCCCCCACAGGGAAGCCCUCCCAGGCCUGUCCUCCACGGCCAACGCUGGGAACCCCGCCCUGUACUCUCGAGCCCGCCUUGGCCCCCCGAGCCCCCCAGCUGCCCAUGAGCUGGAGUCCCUUGUGCACCCCCGCCCCCAGGACUGGUCUCCACCGCCCUCAGACAUCGAGGACAGGGCUGAAGUGCACAGCCUAAUGGGUGGCGGUGCUUCGGACUGCCGGGGUCACUCCAAGAGAAAGAUCUCCUGGGCUCAGCCAGGUGGGCCAAGCUGGGCAGGUUCCUGGGCGGGCUGUGAGCUGCCCCAAGCAGGCACCAUGCCAUCUCUGACCCGGGCGCUGCUGCCCCCUGCUGGAACAGGGCAGACGCUGUUGCUGCAGGCUCUGGUGUAUGACGCCAUAAAGGGCAAUGGCAGGAAGAAGCCGCCCCCAGCCUGCAGGAAUCAGGUGGAGGCUGAAGUCAUUGUCCACUCUGACUUUAGUGCAUCCAAAGGGAACCCGGACCUCCACCUCCACGACCUGGAACCUGAGGAUCCCCUGCCUUCGGAAGCUCCUGACCUCACUUCGGGAGUCGUGGAUCUCGGGCAAGGGGUAGACUGGCUGGACAGGGACCUGGGCGGAUGUGAGCAGGCAACCACUGGGCCAGACAGACUUACCUGCCUGCCAGAGGCAGCCAACGUGUCUUAUCCAUACCCGGACCUCCAGCCCAGUGAGGCUCUGGAGGAGGCCCCUGGGAACAGCUGCCAGCCAAAGGCCCCCUGCUCUCUAGGAACCAGCCCGGGCCUGCCCAGAGCCCCAGUCCCCUCCUCUGCCUAGCUCCCCUAGGCGGUGCAGUUUGGGGCAGCCCAGUAUGGAUCAUGGGACAUGGCACUUGUGGCCAACCAAGUAUGUACACAUGUGUACCUGCAGUUUCUGAACACUACCAAGCCAUCUGGAGCCUCCUGGGGUGCUGUGGCCGUGGGGAGAGGAAGAAGUGGAGUAUUCACUCCCCCCACACUCUGUGACACAUGUUAUAUGUGAGGGACCUGUGAGGCACAGCUAUACAUGAUGUACACAUGUAUGUGUGCUAGCUGGCGAGCUGGGAAACUCUGGCUAGGUAGUGGUCACGAUGGCCUGAUUGAUCCUCCAGGUCAGGACGGUGCCCCAGAGUGGUCAGUCCCCAGCCCUGCGGGCCCCCCGCCUCCAUCACCCAGCCGUUUAUUACACACUCUGAGAGUGUCUGCGAUGCCCUGUCUGACAAAGACAGCCCCGGCCCAUGUUCCGGUCCGGCUGGGUGAGUGCAGUAGGCUCUGAAUGCCUAGAGUCUUAGUUGCAUCACUACCCAUCGCCCGGGGCCCUGUUGCCCAAACUGAGAGGGUGACUCGGGCUCCCCUCAGAGCAACUCUGCAUUAUGUCAUUUUGUCAUUUGGGAAGUGCCUGGUUUUGGAAAUCCGCUUGCUCUGGCUCUCCUCUCCUCCCUUCCCCUUCACUACCCUUGUGCUCUGUCUCUGGGGUCAGGGUCAGCCGAGCCCCCAGUUCUCCUGCUUUUCCUCCCUGGUACUCUUUCCUUUCCUCUCGGCUCUUUCUCUGUCUCCUAUCUCUGUUGUCUCCCACACCUCUGCCAGACCAUGUGUCGUGUGGUUCACCUGCCUGGGUUCAAUCUCUGCAUCCUUCCCUAACAACAUGACUACCUCAUGUCUGCUUUGAGGCCAUAGCGUGACUUCUGUGUCCGCCAUUCACUUUACCGGCCAUCCUCCUUCCCCUCUCAGCUCUGUGCUGCCAUAUGCCCCCUACCCCAGGCACACUACCUGCCCCCAGUGUGGAUUCGGAGAUCUUCCAGCUCCCCUGGCAUUUUUCUCCCUGAGCUUGAGAUCGGAGGGCUCUCCUUGGAGUUGAUGAAUCCAAGUCACACAAGGGGACUUCUGAGACAGGGAAAGAGGAAUGUGACCCCCUCCCUUCAAGGCAGGGAAGCAGGGCUGCUGGAUGGGAGGGGGUUUGGGACCUGCCUCCCCCUGGCUGAAGCCAAAUGGAGAGAGAAAGAGUGGGGAUUAGGGGCACCACAGCCCAGCAGCUUCCCACUCUGUGUAUCUGGAACAGGAGCUGAUGGAUGGGGGUAAGAGGAGUUUCACCCUCUGGGAGCUGGGACCGAAGCCUUUGCACAGGACAAGGGUAAUUGGCUCAUUUCAUUUCAUUGUUUCUUUUUUUUUUUUUUCCUUUAAAUUCAAUCCUAAAGUCAUCUUCUGUUGACCUGUCACACAGGGACAAGCUGGACUUCUAUUUCCUGUGUAGAGAAGACAAGGUCAUUUAUUUGAUUUUGCACCCCAGGCUCUCCUAGGAGCAUAGAAUGUGGGAGCUUUUUCUCCCUAAAUGUGUCUUUUUAACCAAUUGGCACAUCAAUGGUUAACUCCGGCUUCUGGGCCAAAUUAGAAAUAACCAGUCUAUCCUUUUUCUUUUCUUUUCUUUUUUUUUUUUUUUUUUAAUGGUGACAUGUCUCUCAGCAGAGUUGCAGCUCCAUCAGACCCUUUCAGCAUCUGUGUUUAUUACACUCGGGUGUCACUCCUGUCUGACAUCCGCACCUACAUUUCCUUCCCCUCCCCUGCUUCAGCCAGCCCGUGAUAGCGCUACAGAUUAUUAAUGCUGGUUUGUAUCUCGUUUAAGAUGGAAUUGUCACUUGUACUCUUUCUGUGGCAUCCAGCGUCGCCGUGGCUGACGCCACUCUAUGUGUUUUGCCAUUGCUCUGAAGGUCAAAAGCCUCAUUUUAUUUUUGCUGGUUUGAUUUCUUUCUUUUUUUUUUCCGAAAGAAAGAAAACUGCCUUGAAUCCAAUGGCUGUUUUAACAGUAAGCUCUUAGCAUUACACCACAUAGUCAUUUUUCAUGUUCUUGUUUAACAGGCACUGAGGCUCUGGUUUAAAUUAAAUAGCUGCAAAUGAGACAAUUUAUAACCCAUUAGGUUGGGUGGAAAAUUGUUUCUCAAAAGCAAAUAAGUAAUAAAUCUGGUAUCUGCCUAUAACUCACAGUUGAUAAGAAAGUGGCCAUUACUCACUAGCAUUAUAUAUGAUUUGGGCUCUGGGUAAUUUGGAAGUGUUAGGUUUGUGUCUUUGUAGCAGUAUUUUUAUUAGAAAAGAGUCUGUUGGCCUUUUACAGGGUAUUAAUCCCUUUGUCACCUACCAUCGAUGCCUUACGUUUUUUGAGUCUUAUUUAGAAACCUUCCUUUUCUUGAUGCAUGACAAGUGUAAUCAGUACCUGCUCAUUUAUUUGUCUGUAUUUAGUUUAUGCUAUAUUAUUUAAUUAUUUUUCCAGCAUUUUUUCUUCCUCCUCACAAAUAUGAUAUUUCUUUAGUGUUAAGCCAAGGCAUUGAUCAUGUAUCUGUCCCUAUAAUGAAUUAAUAAACUAUUUUCCAGAAACGUG